GAUUAAAAUGAUUAAAACCGCACCCGCCUUGUUGGUUACACUCACGUCAACAACAUUCAUCAAUGUGUUGUGUACACACUGCACACCACCCCAUCCCAUGUGACUCUCUGCCCCUUCCUUCAUCAAUCAUAGUUUCUCUGUGUUUUGUUCCGCUAAAUCUCCAAAGCAAUCAAGCAGAGUUCUUUAAUUAGAUGCAACCUCAGCACGAGGGUUAACAGAUUCCGACCGUCUCAAUGAAUGUUGUGAUUUGUGGUACUGUUGACUCCUUCUUUUUGGUUGGACUUAGAGUCCAAAAUGGCGGUGCUGGGGUGAGUUGAGUUGAAGUGAGGCACCUACUUUGCAGUCUGAGUUUGUGUUGUCUAGUCUUUUUUUUUUCUUUUUCAAACAUACAAUAAUGAAGGCCUUUUCCUUCAGUGGGGUUUGGAUUUUAUUGUUUCUGAGCUCGGUUUCAGCUUUUUCUCCAACUGGGUCGAUUCGGCAUCCCGUCAAGUUUAUCAUAGGAGAAGAAGAGGAGAAUUUGGGUUCAUGGAAGAGUGAAUUCACACAAGUGGCUCCAGCACCAGGGCCUAAAGGUGACGAUGUUCUUAUUCUGGCGGCAAACAAGACCAAUAGGCCUGACAUUCUGCGAGGAUUCCGACGUUAUCGAGGUGGUUGGGAUAUUGCAGAUCAGCAUUAUUGGGCUUCAGUUGGAUUCACUGGUGCAGCUGGUUUCAUUCUUGCUGUCCUGUGGUUUAUCUCAUUUGGCUUGGCGCUCAUGAUUCAUCUAUGCUUUGGAUGGGGAAUUAACAUCAAGGGCAAAGGAUCAAAUCAUUCACAAAGGAUUUGUCUUAUACUGCUUAUAUCAUUCACUUUUGCUGCUGCGACUGGAUGUAUCCUCCUUUCUGUUGGGCAGGAUAAAUUCCAUGGUCAAGCCUUGGAUACCCUCCAUUAUUUUGUCAAUCAGUCUGAUUAUACUGUGCAGACUCUAAGAAAUGUCACAGAGUAUCUCUCCCUUGCAAAAACUAUCAAUGUCACCCGGAUUCUUCUUCCAUCUGAUGUCAUGGAUGGUAUUGACAAGCUGAAUGUGGAUCUAAAUUCUGCAGCAGACACACUUUCCGAGAAGACAAAUGAAAAUUCAGUUAAAAUUCGAAGAGUAUUCAAUGAUGUGCGUCUAGCUCUGUAUGUUGUGGCAGCUGUGAUGCUUCUUCUGGCUCUUGUUGGACUUGUCCUGUCUGUCCUUGGAUAUCAACAUGCAAUCCUCAUAUUUGUUAUCACCGGAUGGUUACUGGUUGCAACCACAUUCGUUCUUUGUGGAGUAUUCAUAAUUCUUAAUAACGCAAUUUCUGAUACCUGUGUGGCUAUGGGAGAAUGGGUAGCAAAUCCACACACUGAAUCUGCACUAAGUAAUGUCCUCCCAUGUGUUGAUCAGAGAACCACAAACAAAACACUCUUUCAGAGUAAACAAGUGAUCAACAAUAUUGCAAAUGUUGUCAAUACGUUCAUCUAUGCCACUGCAAACAUAAAUGUAACACAAGGUAGUCCUGGCUCUUACAAUCAGUCUGGGCCUAGAAUGCCGACUUUAUGCUACCCUUUUGACUCUCAAUUUCAAGAGCGUCAAUGUACAGAUCAAGAAGUUUCUUCUGCCAAUGCUUCAAUGGUUUGGAAGAACUAUGAAUGUGAGGUAUCUGAAUCUGGCAUUUGCACCACAGUUGGCAGGGUGACCCCCGAGAUUUACUUGCAGAUAGUAGCUGCGGUGAAUGAAAGCUAUGCAUUAGAACAUUACACUCCACCUUUACUUAGCCUUCAGAAUUGCAAUUUUGUCAGGGAUGCGUUUACAAAAAUCACUUCAAGCUACUGUCCUCCAUUAAACCAUUACCUCAAGAUUAUCAAUGUAGGACUCGGCCUCAUUUCAGUUGGUGUUCUACUCUGCCUUGUUCUCUGGAUACUCUAUGCAAACCGCCCCCGAAGGAGGGAAGUGUUUGAGAAGUCAUCCUUACCAGAAACCACCACAAAUUUACCGUUGUCAAAUGCAAAUAGUGAAAUAUAGAUUGUACAAUAAAAAAAAUAGUUGAUAAAGUAGAGUUCCUUAUUGUUUUACAAUUCCCUACUAUAUUACGGGAAGAAACAAAGGUGGAGCGAAGCUGCAUCUUUGAGUUUGAAGAGAAUAGCCAAAGCUAGUGUACUACAACUUUUUUCCAUAUAAAGAAAGAGCAUUUUAAAUUGUUUUUAGCUUUU